UUUCUUACUUACCUAUAUUAAAUAUAGGAUAAUGUUAUCUUUACAGGAUCUUACUGGUACUCCAACAAAAAUUGCAGCUUUUCUUUCAUCCAAAGUCCUGUAGGAUUUUGGCAGGCGAUAUUCCCAAGAAAAUAAACAUCCUUACACUCCAGAAAGCACACAUUAAUUGUGGUUUUAUAAAUGUGUGGAAGUUUAAAGCUCCUACUCCCAAAAAAGCACGAAAUUUAUGCCACUCCAAAAGCUUUAUAGAGGACGUUCAUGGUUGCCUACAUAAGUGUAUGGGAAUUUUUAAUAUCUUACUGAAAUGAACAUGUAGUGCUCAGAUUUCCCUAAUGCUAUUACGUAUAUAUCCAGUAUUGAUGAUAACUCAGGUUUAUGAGUGUAAUUAAUUCGUAAUUUAAAUGCCUUCUUGCAUAUUUUUUCUGUCUGCUCAGUCUGGACCCUGAUCCGUUUGCUCGUCACACACUCUGCUCCAUGCUACUAGGCUGCACAUUCACUCUGCUCGCCUACCAAGCUUGCAGUCCUGGGACAAUACAGCGAUUCAUAGCCGUCCCUACCCAGCUGGCAGCAAAGAGAGUAAUAAUGUGGUCGACUGCAGGCUUCAUUGGUAUGAACACUCUGGCAGUGUUGGUUGGUCUGAUCCUGUACGCCAGGUACCAUCACUGUGACCCCAUCGCUACUCAGAAAGUGAAAUUCUCUGGUCAACUACUGCCCAUGUUCGUGAUGGAGCUAGGAGCCCAGAUCCCUGGCUUCUCUGGCCUCUUCAUUGCUGGUGUAUUCAGUGCUGCUCUCAGUACAAUGUCUGCAGGACUCAACACUGCUGCUGGAACCGUCUACGAAGAUUUCGUGCUCAGAAUCCACUCCCAGCACUCAGACUCAGCCGGGGCCUUGAUCGUCAAGCUCAUUGCCCUCGUAUUUGGAAUCGCUUCAGUGCUACUGGUCUUCUUCGUAUCUAAACUGGGCGGGAUCCUGCAGUUAGCCCUAAGUCUGCUUGGAGUGACACAUGGAGCAAUAUUGUUUCUCUUCACCUUUGGCAUGUUCUUUCCUUGGGGCUCCACCAAGGGAGCAUUAUCUGGAGCAGCAGCGAGUCUAGCGGUGAUGGCAUUCUUCGUGGUCAGAGCACAAGUUGCCAUCGCCCACAGGCAUAUCCAGUUCCCAGGAAAGUCCUUGAGCAUCGAUGGCUGCGAGGGUGCCCUUAACAUGACACAUCUGUUGAUCUCCUCUCACACCGGGAUUGGCAGCCAAACUUGGUCAGAUGGUUCAGAACCCAAGAUCUACCAGUUGUCAUACCUUUACUACAAUCUGUUGGGAGCCCUGGUGGGUUUCCUGGUGGGGAUUCCGGUCAGCAUUUUCACCAGAGCACCCCUUGGAGAUCUCGAUCCACGGCUGAUAGUGCCGCAACUUCGGUGGUUGCUACCCCUUAAACACAAAAAGAGGCCUUCGAAAGUUUUCCCAAUGGAUGAUGAUGUUACAGCGAGUGAUUCAAGGGAGAUGGCUUGUGUAAUGUCAAUGUAGUUCAAUUAUACGGGGUUAUGGACGAUUGGUACUCUUUGGUAUCAUCAUUGAGUACAUACCAAAUUUGCUAUCUUUAGUAGUAGCUAAGGAAAUUUUUCAAAAUACUUUCCUAACCUACCAUGGCAACUCCAAGUAACAAAAAAAAUUAAAAUUAUGAUCUGGUUCUUUAUGUCAACAUUGAUUAGUCCUAUUCAACAACAUUCAAU